GGACCCAGACGCGCGGGUCGCCCAUGGGGAAAGGCGGGGAGCAGGGGGAGGAGAGCGGCGAGCGGGAGGCGCAGCUGCCCUCCUACUCGUGGGAGGAGAUCCAGAAGCACAGCCUGCGCGCGGACAAGUGGCUGGUGGUCGAGCGGAAGGUGUACAACAUCAGCCGCUGGGUCAAGCGGCACCCGGGCGGGCAGCGCGUGAUUAGCCACUAUGCCGGCGAAGACGCCACGGAUGCAUUCCGAGCCUUUCACCCUGACCUCAACUUUGUGCAGAAAUUUCUUAAACCAUUGUUGAUUGGAGAGCUCGCCUCAGGAGAACCCAGUCAUGACCGAGACAAGAAUCCCCAGUUGGUGGAAGAUUUCCGUGCCCUAAGAAAGACAGCAGAGGAUAUGAACUUAUUCAAAGCCAGUCCUGUGUUUUUCUCCCUUUAUCUGGGUCAUAUUCUUUUGAUGGAAGCUCUGGGAUGGCUAAUGGUUUUCUACUGUGGUGCUAACUGGAUCACAACCUUACUUCUUUCUAUCAUCCUUGCAGUCUCUCAGGCCCAGGCUGGAUGGCUACAGCAUGACUUUGGACACCUCUCUGUAUUUAAGAAGUCUGUGUGGAACCAUUUAGUCCAUAAGUUUGUGAUUGGUCACUUGAAGGGUGCCUCAGCAAACUGGUGGAAUCACCGGCAUUUCCAGCACCAUGCCAAGCCAAACAUCUUCAAAAAAGAUCCAGAUGUGAACAUGCUGCAUCUGUUUGUCCUGGGAGAAACACAGCCAGUUGAGUAUGGAAGAAAGAAACUGAAGUAUUUCCCUUAUAACCAUCAACACCGAUACUUCUUUUUUGUGUUCCCACCUCUCCUCAUUCCAGUUUAUUUCCAAAUGCAAAUCUUCAUGACCAUGGUCAGACACAAAUUCUGGGCGGACCUGGCCUGGGCCUUCAGUUAUUACUUACGCUACUUCCUCACAUAUAUCCCGUUCUAUGGAGUUCUGGGAUCCUUGUGUCUCCUUACCUUUGUCAGGUUUAUGGAAAGCCACUGGUUUGUUUGGGUCACACAGAUGAAUCACAUUCCAAUGGAAAUCGACAGUGAGAAGCACAGAGACUGGCUUAGUGCUCAGUUGGCAGCUACCUGCAAUAUCGAGCAGUCCUUUUUCAAUGACUGGUUCAGCGGGCAUCUGAACUUUCAAAUUGAGCACCACUUGUUUCCUACAAUGCCACGCCAUAACUACCACAAGAUCGCCCCGCUAGUGAAGUCACUGUGUACGAAGUAUGGAGUUGCUUAUGAAGAAAAGCCUCUAAUAAGAGCAUUUGCAGACAUCGUUGGGUCCCUCAAGAAAUCUGGAGCACUCUGGUUGGAUGCUUACCUCCAUAAAUGAGGCUGGAUUUC